AUGAUAAUGAUUCGACCUAAUGUGAUACUCUUGUGCUUGUUUAUUAAUCUACUACUAGGUACUGAGGAUGCAAUCUGGAUGGAAAAGGAUAUCAUUAUGCCACCUUCAGCUCGUGCUCAUUGUCGUGUUUUUAUAGUAGCAGCUAGAACGCACACGCGGGUAUUAGCUCUACAAAAUGCCUACGAGCAGGACGGAAUGAAUGUUUAUGACCAAUUUCCUGCAUUGUCAUCCAUUUUGCAGGAUAGUACUGAUACUAGUCCGAUCAAUGCUCAGGACGAAAUGAAACAAACGGUGGAGGCGUAUCAGAUCCUACGUCCUGCUUUUCAACAAACCGUCGAGUGGCUGAAACCUAGGGUAGAUCCUGCGCGGUGUUUUGCACACUUUAUUGUGGCCGAAGCAGCAAUGAUACCUGAUACUAGGACGCAAAACGAAGCCACUCUUGCCAUGUCACGUGUGACGAGGCGUUUGAGUCAAUUGAGAGACCAGGCGAGAAGUGACAGGCACUUUCCCUUUGCACUCAUUGCACCAUCGUCAGUGCGUCAGGAUGACAAAGACAGCGUCACAUCAAGUGGCGAUUUACACGUGGUGACGGCAGCCUGGCGUCGUUAUUUCCACGUAGUGGGAACAAACUAUUUUUCAGGACGUGUAGCUCCAUCUCUCAGUCCUGGACAAGUUGAAGUGUUUGGCAUAAUGCAUGUGGACGCAGGAAAAGAGACUGGCACAUUUAGGUCCGAGUCGGACGCAAAUGCCGCUGAAAUGGUUUUUGACGUGCGUGAACGAUGGAGACGCAGCAAACGACAACGACAGGUGAACGUGGCACUCAACUUGAGUGAUUUCUAUGGCCGCGAGUACGCGGGAUUCGGGCGACUGCAGGUGCAGCAAGCCGUGAUCAAAUUGAAGCAGGACGAGAAGAAUGAUACAGAGGCAAACGUUUUGCAACAUCCGUGCUUUUCUAGAGGGCACACGUCAGUGGUUGAUGGCGUAAACAUGACGUUGGAAGGCUCUGGGGAUGCUGACACGUGUAUGAUUCUGCUCCGGUCGCACGUGACUGCCAGCAAUGCCAAUUGCCCAGUGGAUGACUUUUGUUUUUUGGGUAGUGCACCGCAACCUCAAACGUCCGGAUCGUUUUAUGCAUCAGGAGUGCUGAGACGAGCGGUGCUUGGUGCGAUUCGCGUGUUGAAUUACGUAAGCAACAAUCAGGAUAGGAUAGCUGUGGGUCAGCUGCAACUGCCAAACCCAACGCUUUUGAUGCUCCGAAAUGCUGCGAAGAAUCUGUGCGCUUUGCCAUACAAAGACAUUGCAGCUGGUGUUGCUCCUCGACAUUUGCUUGCAUCAUCGGAGCCGACGACUGUAGCUUCUGCUAUGGAGAUGAUUGAGCCACCUAGUGCUUUAUGCUUUGAUCUGUGCUACACUGUUGUUUUACUUGAGCAGAUUGGCGUCCAGGAUGAUGAAGAGCGGGUUUACUUUGUGGAUCGCUUUGAAAAGGAACCUACAUUGUUAAGGCAUGGAUCUCUGGCGACUGAGGAGCACGGCAGUCCAUCAGAACUGAUCGCAUGGCUCACCGGUGCCUUUUUGUACCUGGAAGUGCUUCAACGCAAGGUGGCAUUCUUUAUGGAGUCGGAGCUGUUAGCUGAACAGCUUAGCGCAGGAUUACCUCUCGGUUGGAAUAUGAGCUUGAUCGUAUUCGUCGCAGCAUGCGUCUUCUUGUACUUUACGACUGGUCGUGUGACUGUCAUUGGACGUGGUGGUCGAAGUUCUGGUGCUUACCUGUCUGUCGUAGAUGGCAGCAGUGCAAAGGCAAGAUACAAGGACACGACACAGUCAAUAGUAUUUGUCGACGACGCUCAAGACUAA